AUGGAUUUUUAUCUACCACUUAUUAAUAUAACAAAAGAUAAUAAUAUACCUUCACAACAAGAUAUGAUUAGACGAUUUUCUGAUUACUUUCAAUAUUUUAAAUUGUGGCUAAAAGUUGGAUAUCCAAGUUCAUUAGCUGGACUUGCUAUGCCAUCAGGAAAUCCAGCUGUUCAAUGUAUUGGUAAUUAUAGUGCUAAUUUUACGUUACAAGAUAUGGGUUUUAAAGCACUUUUUCAAGUUCUUGAUGAUAAUAGAGGAAUAUCUAAUGGAACUAUUAUAUUUUGGUGGGAUAAUCCAUCUUCUAUGGAUUAUUAUAAAGAAAAAGAUUCAAAUAAUUGGGAAUGUUCAUGGACAGUUCGUGGUAAACCAGCUGAAUGUACAAUAGCAGAAGCAUUUCAUGGAAUAUGUUCCACGAAUCGAAUUAUGGAUAUGCCAUUUAUAUAUUUAUCAAUGAUGGCAAAAGAACUUCGAAUUGAAGCAUUAUUAAUUGGAUUAGAAUUAUUGAAACUAUCUAAAUCAGAAUAUACAUCAUAUUGGAGAACUUUAAUUGAGAACAUUCGUAGAGAAGGCUAUUCAGGCUUAUUAACUUAUUCUUCAGUAUUUGAUCCACUUGAAACUCAACAAAUUGGUGUUUGGAAUGAACUUGAUUUUAUUGGAAGAAAUUUUUCUCUUCCUCUUCUAAAUUCAAUGAACGAUAGUAUGAUUCCUUUUCCGAAAGGUAUGGUAAAAACAUUUUCUGACUAUUUUCAAUAUUUUAAAUUAUGGUUGAAAUAUCCAAGCUCCUUACUAGGUCUUGCUAUUCCAUUAGGAGAUUCACCGCCUCAAUGUAUCGAGAAUUACAGUGCUAAUUUGACACUCCAAAACGUGGCUUUUGAAGCACUUUUUCAAGCUAUGAAUCAAGUUAAUGAAACAUUUAAGGGAAUCAUUGUAUUUCGAUGGGAUAAUCCAUCGUCUGGUGAUUCAUAUAACGAAAGAGAUUCAAAUAAUUGGGCAUGUUCUUGA